GGCGUUUGGACGGGUCGCUGGCGUCUCGGGUGUCAGUGUGCCACAGUGGGACCUUCAGAGCAGCUGCUGUGGUCCAUGCCCCUCCUCCCGCUCUGUGGCUGCUGCUGCUGCUAAGUUUAAGUGUAAAGAAUGACCCUGCCUCUUCGCCGUGCAGGGAUGGCAUCUUCAGGAAACCUUUCAGAAGAGCAAGUCCACUGCUCCAUCUGCCUCGACGUCUUCACCAACCCCGUGUCUAUACCCUGCGGACACAACUUCUGCCAAAACUGCAUUCUGGGAUACUGGAAAACCUCUCCUUUGUACCAGUGCCCCAUGUGCAAGAAGGCGUUCCAGAAAAGACCGGACAUCAGCGUGAACACCGUCCUGAGAGAGAUCGCCGAGCAGUUCAAGCAGAUCAGGGUGAAGAGCAGAGACGGAAAGGUUGAAAAAGAGGAAGACGAGAUCAAAACGAACAAAACGAAAGAUAGAAAGUGGACAACGGAGCGACGCAAGAAGGAAGACGAGGUGAGGCUGCUGGAAAAGGAUCAGUUUUUGGAGGAGCUUAAAGAAAAACAAGAACAACGUAAACUGAGAGAAGACGCGAAGGCUGAAGAAGACCUGCCUCCUCUGAUCCCGCCAAUCCCUCCUCCGAGAUCUCCUCCCGUCUCCAGAACACAAACUUCCGAAAUUCCAACUGAGGUUUCUCCGUCACCAUCGCCGCCAAUGUCUUCCCCGAUCUCUGAAAGUUCACCUGCGGCUUCCACGUCUUCGCUGGCGCCAUCUUGGGUCGAAGAAGACGUCCUUUGCGAUGUUUGCUUAGGAGAAGGUCGACCCAAAGCCAUCAAAUCUUGCCUGGUUUGUCUAACUUCUUACUGUGAGGAACAUCUGAAGUCCCACGCCGCGAGGUUCACGAAGCAUAAGCUAAUCGAGCCGGUCGCUAACAUGGAGGAUCGGAUGUGUCCCAAGCACGAGCGGCUGUUGGAGUUGUAUUGUAAGAAAGACCAGACGUGCGUUUGUGUUCUCUGCACUGAGACUGACCACAGGGCUCACUACACCGUCCCAGUCGAGCGGGAGUGGACCGACAAGAAGGCGCUGCUGAAAAGGACAGAGAUGGAGGUUCAGCAGAUGAUCCAAGACCGAGUGAAGAAGGUGGAGGAGAUAAAGCACGCGAUGGAGCUCAACAAAGCGAGCGCUCAGAAGGAGGUGGAGGAGAGCGUGCAGGUUUUCUCAGACCUGGUCCGGUCCAUCCAGAGGACCCAGGCCGAGCUGGUGCUGGUCAUCGAGGAGAAGCAGAGACAGACGGAGCAGUGGGCGGAGGGACUCAUGACCCACCUGGAGCAGGAGAUCUCUGAGCUGAAGAGGAGGCACGCAGACCUGGAGAACGUGGCACGAACUGACCACAUCAACUUCUUAAAGAGUUUCCCGGCUCUGAGCUGCCCCCCUGUGGUCAGAGACUGGUCCGACACUCGCGUCCCCACUGACACCUGUGUGGGGAUGAUCCGCAGGUCUGUGUCGAAACUGGAGUCGACUCUCAACGAAACCGUCCACAAACUCAUCGACAGCGAGAUCAAAAAGGUUCAGAAGUACACAGUGGAUGUGACUCUGGACCCGGACACGGCUAACCCCUGGCUGCAGCUGUCCCAGGACCGGCGACAGGUGCGGCAUUUGGGGGCUUGGCAGGACCUCCCCGAGCACCCCGCCCGCUUCGACACCGUGGUCAUCGUCCUCGGCAGGUGCGGCUUCACUUCGGGACGCCAUUACUGGGAGGUCCAGGUCGGAGACAAGGACGACUGGUACCUGGGCGUGGCUAAGUCUUCGGUCAACCGCAAAGGCAGGAUUUCGGUCAGCACGGCGCAAGGAUACUGGGCCCUGGCGAUGAAAAAGAGCCAAGGUUACCGCGCGUCCACGACUCCGCCUCAGCUGCUCAGCCUGGACGCCAAACCCAAGCGGAUCGGCGUGUACCUGGACAUCGAAGAGGGGCAGGUUUCGUUUUACGACGUGAAAAACAGAACGCACAUUUUCACGUUCAAAGACUCGUUCGCAGAGAAGAUCUUACCGUUUUUUUACCUGUAUUGUUGCGAUAAAGCGUCGGAUACGAUGGUGAUCGGGCCCGGUCCUGAGAGAGGACAGAGCAAGAGCUAAGACGACAGCGGCGAGUCCAGAGCAAACUGACCGUGGAGCAAAAGAGUUUCAAAAGACGCUAAGACAGUUCUCCAAAGGGUCUUUACUCAACGUCCCUGUAAUGAGAAGCAUUUUAACACGAGGUUUUAAUGCUCCAGUUUGCACCUCAGUGAAAAUAAGUGAAUAAGUUGCGUUCACGUUGUAGAAUUUGAUGAUGUCAUUAUUUCAGAAGGGGGGCGGGGCCUAUAUAACACUACGGAAACCACAAAUGUUCACUCCAAAAACCGUCCGUAUUAAUCUAACGGCUUAAAGUUCAGCUGACGACAAUCACAUCUUUUGUAGUGAAUAAACUUCUUCACUUUUUUUUUUUUUUUUUGUUUUGUUUAACUGACUGAAGCGACAUCAAACUUUUGUUGCACGUGGAUAGUCCCGGGAAUUACUGCGUCACCGCCAAGAAGCUUCUCCGCCGUUUGAAUCAGACGCAGGGCCGGAUCAGACCAUCAGCAAACGGAGCAGCUGCGUGGGGCCCUGAGGUCAGCAGGGGGCCCCCAUUGAAAAUAUGAUAUAUCAAGUUUUAUUGGAAACUGAGCAGCCUAAAUAUCUCUCUAAAACCAUUUAAUCUGUAAUAGCAAAAUAUCUGCUGCUGUGUUUGUUUUUGAGUCGGGCAGAGGUGAGGGCAGCUCUGUGUUUACACCAAGGACCCGACAUAAUGUAAAUAUAAGCAACUGGAACACAUUAAAAUCCACCGGAAACGAAGGAAAAAUGUCUAGAAUUUCAAAAAUCUUGCCCCUCUGCUCAUAUUUCCCCUUGUGUUUCUGUCUAUUUGUGACAUUCUGGAUGUUUUCAGUCUGAUGUUGGUCAUAAAAAACACAAAUACAACUGGUCAAAGUGACGAGAGCAGAGUCAGAACGUGUCAAACGUGAAUCACCAGGAGGGGGCCCCAGAGUCACAUUCAGCGUAGGGCCCCCUGAAAGCUGGGACCGGCCCUGCUCAGACGCACAGAGCUCC